AUAUCAUAUCAUCCUAAGAAUUUACAAAAGCACCGAAAAAUGUUGUGAAUUAUUCUUUCCAAGUUUAAACAAAGCAUUGUUGCUAAAAUGGCUACAGCAGCUUGUGAUAUAAAGAAGGAAAAAUCGGCUGAAUCGAUUUGCCGCCUGUGUUUUACGGAGCGUGACAAUUACCUGUUGAUUUUCGAAAACAAAUACUCUAUGCUGGCUGAACGAAUCGAGAAUAUCACAAAUUUGAAGAUUAUUCAAGUUCCAAAUGCACCUGCUGCGCUAUGCUUGGAAUGUGAAAACACAUUACAAAGCUUUGAAUCUUUUCGAGAAAUGUGCUUCACCAAUGAUCGUGUAAUCAAAGAGAUGUUCCCUCAUGAUGACUCAAGAAAUUGUCAUAAAGCUAUUUUGGAUAAUAUGUCAGCAAUAGCGAUUGGCUCCCAGGUAGACAAUACUGACAUUACAAUCGAGUACUCAGAUAUAAAAAUCGAAAAUAUCACUACACUCGAUUCAAACGAUAUUGAUGAUGACAAAGAGAAAGAAAAUAAGUUAAUUUCCGAUACAGGGGAACUUCUGAAUCUCGAAAAGAGUGAGUCCCGCGUGGAAACAGUAUCAAAAAAAAAGAAACGACAUAUUUGCAGGUUGUGUGAUAAGGGAUUCAAAAAUGCAACCCGUUUGAAAAUUCACGUACUAAGUCACACACAGGAGAGGCCGCACAGGUGUAAAGAUUGUGGCAAAUCAUUCAUCACACCCAGCAGUUUAAAGGUACACAUGAGAACUCACAGCGGCUUAAAACCCUACUCAUGCGAUAGGUGUCAAGGGAAAUUUUCACAAGCUUCUAGUUUGAUACGCCACAACCGAGUCCACUUGAAGGAAGACCUCAUAAGCACCAAAAAUAUUGCAGAGGAAGAGGAAGAAAUUGAAGAGGAAGAGGAAGUUAAGAAUAUGGAAAAGACUGUUUCUCUCUUGGAACCAAUGAACGCGAAUGGCAAAAUUAAAAAACGUUGUAAAGUCUGCAACAAAUUUGUACUUAAAUUGGCUGAUCAUCAGGUCAUACAUUGGGAAACAAGACCCUACCAGUGCGAAUAUUGCCCCAAAGGAUUCAACCAAAGAUACAAACUAACAACACACAUUCGGACGCACACCAACGAGAAACCACAUGUUUGCAGUCAGUGUGACAAAAGAUUCACGAAUCCGGCCGAUUUGAAAAUUCACAUUAGAAGUCACACGCAGGAGAGACCAUUCAAGUGUAAAAACUGUAAUAAAUCGUUUAUCACUUCCGGUCACUUGCUGCGGCAUGCGCAAACUCACAGUGGUUUAAAACGUUACUCGUGCGAUAUAUGUGAAGCAAAAUUUUCUCAAAAUACCCAUUUGUUACGCCACAAACAAGUCCACUUGAAGAAACAUCAUAAGAAGACUCCAUAGAAAAUGAUGAUCUGUUAGAGCGGUUUAUUAGAACGGACUACAUGAAGGUUCACAAGUGUAAGUUGUUGAAAAAACUGUGGGAAAACAAAUAUACCAAAUAAAUUUAACUGGCUACCAUUUGGUCUUCG